AUGCAGGUCUACUUGAAGCAGACUGAUAACACUUCCAAAAGAAUUGUCUUUUACAGGACCGCACUGCUUUGGAUGGAGAACUCGACAGUGGUAACUCCUCUCAGACAGCCUAUUGUCUUCGAGCUGGAGGGCUUCUAUAUACCACCAGGCUACGGCUCUUUCCUGUUCUUCCUGGCUCUGUUUAACUACAUAGUGGUGCUGCUAGGGAAUGGUGUGGUAAUGUCAGUCAUUGUAAUAGACAAGAACCUGCACAGGCCCAUGUUUGUACUGGUUUGUAAUCUGGUAGUGUGUGAUCUGCUGGGGUCCACCGCGGUACUACCUCGCCUCAUGAUGCACAGUUUGACGGGGGAGAAAAGGAUUGGCUACAUGGCAGCCAUCGCCCAGGCCUUCUCCGUGCACACGUAUGGCGUCGCAGUGCAGACUCUUCUGGCUGCGAUGGCCUAUGACAGGUACAUUGCUGUGUGUGAACCACUCAGGUAUCACGCCAUCAUGACACCAGCUAGGCUGAACACCUGCUGUAUCCUGGCCUGGUCCGUUGCGCUGCUGUGUAUUGUUGUUCUGUUUGCUCUACACACCAAUACCCCGCUCUGUGGCAAUACCGUCCAACAUGUCUACUGCAGCAACCGUGCUAUACUAAGCCUGGCCUGCGGACCCACCCCCAUAAAUAACAUCUAUGGUCUGUCAAUGACCUGGUCUGUGAGUACAGGGAUCUUCGUCAUCAUCGCUUUUUCCUACUUCAGAAUCCUGCAUGCUUCAGUAAAACAAGGCCGAGCUGAUAGCAGAGUCCGCAGCAAGGCCUUUCAGACAUGCUCAACACACCUUGUUGUCUAUGUGCUCUAUGAAGUAGCUGCAUUGAUCAUAAUUGUGAGUCAGAGGUUCACCUCAGUCUCCCAAAACAUCAAGAAAUUCUUCAGCAUUCUGUUUAUCAUAAUUCCACCAGCUGUUAACCCCAUUAUCUACGGACUGGUCAGUAAAGACUUACGUGCUAGCAUCUUAAAAAAUGUAACCAUAAGAGUCAGUCUCCAAAAAUGAGUGAGUUUUUCUAUGAAUCAUUGUAUUCUUGAUCAUUUCCUAAACACUUUCACUACUUUAUCUGAGAUUACAUAGGUUUUGAGGCAUACCCUCAGUCUAGUGGUCAAAGGUACAUACCAUGUAAACACUAUUUUCCCCAUGCUUUCUCCCCAUGUGUCC